UUCGUCAAAUCUGAACUUUUACUCUAAAUAUCAUCUAAAUAUAUAAACCUACACGCUCAAAAGUCGCAACAACGUGCUGAUUAAAAUUUGGCAAUUCAAUAAACUAUUCGACAUAUGUUCAUAUGUCCUCGGAGGAAAACUACUUUUGCUGUUCCUUCACGACUCCGACUAAGCAAAUCUUAAACGCUCCCCAUCUAAACCAUAAUUCAGCCCUAGUUUUCUCCAUUUUCGAUUCAUCUGACAAUUUAUUACCUGCAAGGCAGCAAUCCUCCCUAAUUUUAAAAAUUACAGUUUCAAAAUCAAGGAAGAGAACACAAAAAUUUUGAGUUACAGUUUGUGUUGAGGAAUCAGGGCUAGGUUGUGGAAAAGACGAUGUUAGUGGAGGAUAUAGCGCGGUCUGUGGAGUUAUGGCUGAGUAUGAUCACGAAGAAGCCCCAGCCCUACGUGGACCCGGAUCUUGACCCAGUUCUUUUGGUGCCGGGCAUCGCCGGUUCGACUCUCAAAGCCGUCGACGAAAACGGCAAAAGCGAGAGGGUCUGGGUUCGGAUUCUUGGUGCGGACUAUAAGUUUAGGACCAAGCUUUGGUCACGGUUCAACCCUUCCACCGGUCAAACUGUGUCUCUAGAUCCCAAGACGAACAUUAUUGUCCCUGAAGACAGACAUGGACUGUAUGCAAUUGAUGUCUUGGACCCUGAUAUGGUCAUUGGAUGCGAAUGUGUUUAUUAUUUCCAUGAUAUGAUAGUUGAAAUGAGCAAAUGGGGUUUUCAAGAGGGAAAAACACUCUUUGGUUUUGGUUAUGAUUUUCGGCAGAGUAACAGGUUUCAGGAAACAAUGAAGCGUUUUGCUGCAAAACUGGAGUCCGUAUAUAAUGCUUCGGGAGGGAAAAAGAUGAGCAUAAUAAGUCAUUCUAUGGGGGGUCUUCUGGUGAAAUGUUUCAUGAGCCUGCAUAGUGAUGUUUUUGAGAAGUUUGUGAAGAAUUGGAUAGCAAUUGCUGCGCCAUUCCAGGGUGCACCUGGAUAUGUUACGUCUACAUUCUUGAAUGGAAUGUCAUUUGUCGAAGGGUGGGAACAAAACUUUUUUAUAUCAAAAUGGAGCAUGCACCAGCUGCUUAUUGAAUGUCCAUCACUAUAUGAGUUGAUGGCUUGUCAAGAUUUUCAUUGGCAACAUGAUCCACUUCUUGAAAUUUGGAGAGUGCAACAUGAUAAUGGUGGAAAAUCCAAUGUCAUGCUCGAGUCCUAUUCCCCAGAGGACAGUAUAUCAAUUUUGGAAGAAGCUCUUUCAAGUAACUCGGUAAUCUAUGAUGGGGUGAACAUUCCUUUACCAUUCAACUUAGAGAUCUUGAAAUGGGCUGAUGAAACGCGAAAGAUGUUGUCUUGUGCUCAUGUUCCACCCUUAGUGAAAUUCUACAAUAUAUAUGGGAUUGGUCUUGAGACACCUCACAGUGUUUGCUAUGGAAGUGAGGAUGAACCUGUCACAGAUCUACAACAACUACCAUUUCUCAAGGCUAAAUUUGUAUGCGUUGAUGGUGAUGGGACGGUUCCUAUGGAAUCAGCAAAGUCAGAUGGGCUUAAUGCAGAAGCAAGGGUUGGAGUCCUUGGUGAGCACCGUGGAAUACUAUGCGAUCAUCAUGUAUUCCGGAUACUGAAGCACUGGCUGAAGGCAGGUGACCCCGAUCCAUACUACAACCCUCUAAACGAUUACGUGAUACUACCCACUGCGUUUGAAAUGGGAAGGCACAAAGGGAAAGACGUGGAAGUAAUGUCACUCAAGGAGGAAUGGGAUAUCAUAACAAGAGACGGAGGUGACCAAGACAGUAUGACUAAGGGGAAUUCUUUGGUGAGCUCUAUCUCAGUUUUGGAUGCGGGGAACAACGAUCAUCAGCAGGCUGAGGCUCAUGCUACAGUUAUUCUUCACCCUCACAAUGAGGGCAAGCAGCACGUCCAGCUACAGGCUGUCGGUGUGUACACGGCUGCUUGAAAUGGGUUGCUGAUGAUACCUCUGCAAAACCGAAGAGUAAGGAAGGACUCCUGCUGCCUCUGCGGUUGGAAAUGUAUUUAUUGAUGUUGUGUACAUAAGUCUUCAGAAGGGGGGAUGACCUUCCAGAUAAUGCUGUCCCAUUGUAAAUGGUAAUUGAUUGCGCCUUUUAUUUCUUUUAAAUAAAUAUUAUAUAACUUGUACUGUUGUACAGAGCCGUGUAAAGUCGUGGUGGUGGACUCGUACGCAAUUGUGUUCAAUAAUGAUGCCCAUUUGCGUGGUGGUGGACUAAUGAAUUGAGUGAUCUGUUUAUAUUUA